UUGGGUAAGCCGGUUCUACGCAAUAGAGGAGAUGAAUCGCGCGCUGACCGUACGCGGUACUCUGAGGGCAGAUUCCAUCUUAAGACAGCUGUCAACUGCUUCAGCUCGUCUGGCAUCAGACCGGGAGAGUUGGCUUUCAAAGCUCUUGCACGUUCGAACGAUUGAUCCUGGCAAGUCAUCGCAUUCACAAACGUUGGCAGACCCCAAGGCCGAAAAGAUCUACGAGCUGCAGAUCCACGCAGCUAAGCCUAAACAUCGAGACGAAUAUAUGAGCACCUACGAGAAGUACGCUGCAGCUUUGCCGCGAAAGAUCAGCACAGCAGAGCAUAUUGGCAGUUGGCAGGUCGUCAUUGGUGACCAGGACCAUUUCGUGCAUUUAUGGCGGCAUAGCGCGGGCUAUCCUUCGGCAUCUGAAUGUGUCUGGGCAAACCAGAAGGACGAUGAACUCAAGUCGCUAAUUAGCGAGCAGAACAAAUUCAUAAGGUCACGUGAGAACACGUUUAUGUUGGCAUUCUCGUUCUGGGGACACCCUGAUCCUAAGGAAAAUGGGGGAAUUUACGAGAUGCGUUCGUACGUAUUGAAGCCAGGCACGAUGAGCGAGUGGGGCAAUAACUGGGCCCGGGGUAUUACCUUCCGUAGAGAGAAUGCCGUGGCCGGAUUUUUUACUCAAAUUGGACAACUCCAUUGCGUCCAUCAUUUCUGGACGUACAAAAAUUUGACGGACCGCAAGGAAACCCGCGAGCGCAAUUGGUCGAAACCAGGCUGGGAUGAAUGCGUUGCCUACACAGUUCCUCUUAUUCGAGAGAUGAGGUCGCGAUGGCUUUUUUCGUUGCCGUUUUCGCCCCUGAAAUAGACUUCACAACCUGACAGGCCGUAGUGGGCCAUUAUUAGGCUAUUCACGUAAACGAUCUGCUAUCAAUCACCCCGCAGUAAGAAAAUCUAAGGGUUCGUCGCAGAGAAUUAGAAACGUUUACCUCUUGAAAAAUUGUUCGAACUUUGUCAUUAUCCCAUAAUGAUGACAAUAUUAUUGUUUCGUUACAUGGAGACAUUAUAUAUAUAUAUAUACAUAUAUAUAUAAUCUAGAGCAAGAAGGACAAACGUAGGAAGAGAACGGUCAAUUUUUUGAAGCAUUUCAGCAGCGCUUAUACGUAACCAGGGAAAGGAAAAAUAAUGCUUUAUGGAAAGGAUGCAACGAGCGCUGUGGGAGAUAUUCUCAGUUGGUUUUUAAUGACUGUAACAAUUUAAGUUACGUUUUGAAUUGAACAAUUUGUAAAUAAAAAAUAAACAGUCAUUUUA